UGUGUAUAUAUAGCAGCAAGGUAUAUAAAAUGUGCACAAACCACCAUAUAGUGCAAAGACAGUACACAUAGUGCAGACGAGUAAACACAGUACAAGCAAAUUCAAAAAGUGAAUGGUAUAUGAGAGUCUUGAAAAGGAAUAUAAAGGAAUGACCCUGCCCUCUUUAAAGGAAAAUCAAGACCUCUUGAUUUCACUGCAGGGUCCUCGAAGAAAGAUCAGUACUCCAUUGUAAUACUCUUACGAGGACGGUACAUAUACAGAUAAGUUUUAUUUGUCACACGGUGUACAUGUGUUCUGUGAUGCCGUUUCUGCCAUCUUGAUGGGGUGUGCUCAGAAGAGAAAAUGUCUCAUAAAGAAAUGGCAUGAAAAAUAAAUUAAGAAUAAAAAAAAAAUAAAAAUAAGAAAUUUAAGCAGAAUCCAUAAGAAUAUAAGGAAGCUCUUAUGUCGAUACAUAAAUGAUAAGUAAAGGGAUACUAUAAUUGCGUUUUGUUACAGUGAGUAUGUUUGUAUUGUUGUUAAGUUAUGGUAAUAAUGUCUAUAUCCUAGAACGCUAAUGCUAAGUAUUUAAGAUUCCACCCCAUUUUCGUCUGUUAUCUAGAGUGGCUCUCCUCUCUGCAUUUUCUACCUAAUCUCUACACUAUAAAUGAAGUUCACCUUUUGUCAGCCUUAAGAAGCCAUCCAUCCAUCUUCUAGCCACUUAUCCUGGACAGGGUCGCGGGACCUUAGGAAUCCAUUCCGAGGGUAUUAUGUUCACAAGCAGAGCAUUUAGGUACUUCAGAACUUAACAAUUAACUCGUUUCCUUGGACUCCUGUACUGUGUUGAUAAUACAUUUUUUUUGUUGCAUUGCUGUUGUAGGACAGCAGAGCCCUGUUUUGCAUCGUAUAUACUUGAACCCUCUCUUGCAGCAUACAUGCUUUGUGCUUGCUGUUCUACAAAAUUAUGUUGUUUCUUUCUCUUGGUAGGGUUGUGUAUCAUUCUGUGGUAAAUUAAAUUUCUUUGUACUGCAGUCCUGUGCACUGGGCUGACAGCUGCCUUAGCUGUGCGACUAUGAAGUUUUCAUAAUAAAACAUUGCAGUGAUUUCCAAAUACGUCACAAUGGUCUAUGAGAGGGGUGGCCAAUCUUACCCAGAAAGGGCAGCUGUGUGUGCAGGUUUUCGCUCCGACUCCCUAAUUAGAUUAUUAAUUAGAGGACUGAUUGGCUGAAGAGUCCUCACACCUGGGUGGGUACAGCUGACAUACAGGUUACCCCAAAAACCCGCAAACACACCUGCCCUUUGUGGAUAAAAUUGGCCACUCCUGCUCUAUGAGAAGCCCAUUGGUUUAAUGGGACGGAAUGUGGAUCAGAUUAGAUUCCUUUAGAUUACAUUCCUUUAUUGUCAUUGUACAGAGAACAGAAUUUUUUUUGCAGCAGUCCCAACAGUGCAUUCACAUAUAACAAAUAAUUAAAAAUAUAAACUGAGGUAUAAUUAGAGUGCAGCGUAGAAGAAAAAAUUUGCAUAUGAACAGUGUUGGACAUAAAGCACAACAUAACACCAUUAACCCUGUAUGGACAUGAAACAGCAUAAAUAGAUGAGCUGUUGUACCGAGGGUGCUACCUGAUAUUGAUAUUAAUAUUGAUAUCGAUAGGUGAGCAAUUUGGGUGGUGAUGUUGCGGAUUAACCCGGGGAAUCGUAUGCUGAGCAUUUUUCAGCCUAUUUCUACCCAUGCGCUCUGUCCAUGAUCAUUUUAGUGAUACAAAAUAUGUGUCUGUGCUUUACUUCUGUAACCCUGUGGAGUGUCGAUCUGUAGAUGAGGAACCACAGACCGUACCCGGUCCUAGUGGGGAAACCAGUUGCAUUUUCAUGACCCCCUGUGGGUACUUUAAACUGUGGGAUGCAUUCGUGUUUCGCAAGCAGGAAGAAGUUCUCCUGUUUUUCUCACAAUGCAGAUAUUUGCAGCUAUACCUGUUUGUUCCUUCAGCUGUGGGCGCCAUCUCUUACCAUUCGACGUAUUGCAUGACCGGGACUUAUCUAAAAUGGCUAAGAGCUAUCGUGCAAUUGAUUCUACAAAUCAAACGAAACAGGAGCAAUCUUUUUAGAGACUUUCAAAAACUAAAAGAUAUUUUUUUAAGCACUUCAAGACUGAUGCGCAACGCUUCCGAGGGGACGUUUGCUAAGGCCCCGUAUUUUCAGCAUUCAGUAACUGGGUGGAGGCUGAAUUCCGCGCUGGUGAUGACUAUUAGGAAAGAGAUACUUCACUUUCUGGAUGCCGAGCGAGACGUUUCCGUGGUGAAGAGCAAUUUCAAGCCCGGCGACAUCAUCCACUACGUGCUGGACCGACGCAGGACCCUCAACAUCUCUCAGACGCUGCACAGCUUACUCCCUGACACAUCGCCGAUGAAGAACAGGCGCUUCAAAACAUGUGCUGUAGUUGGAAACUCUGGUAUUUUGCUCAACAGUGGAUGCGGAAAGGAAAUCGACAGCAAUGAUUUUGUUAUAAGGUGCAACUUGGCGCCACUUGCAAACUUCUCAGAAGACGUGGGGCUGAGGUCCGACUUCACCACCAUGAACCCCUCGGUCAUCCAGAGGGCGUUUGGCGGCCUCCGCAACGAGAGCGACCGGGAGAGGUUCGUGCAACGGCUGAUCAUGCUCAACGAUAGCAUUCUCUGGAUCCCGGCUUUCAUGGUGAAGGGGGGCGAGAAGCACGUCGAGGGUGUCAAUGAGCUCAUCUUGAAUCGGAAACUCCUGCUGAGGACGGCCUAUCCAUCGCUGAGACUCAUCCAUGCCGUGAGAGGAGAUGAGCAGCUGAGGUCACAGGGGAUGGGGGCCAUUGUGAUUGUUUUUUGGAGACCUCAUGCUGUGCUCCUUCAUGACGGGGUCGUCCCUUAACCGCACAGGACCUGAAAAUUGUGCACGAACCACGACGUGGCGUAUGGCGGCCAGACGGCCGUCGCGCCGAAGGAAGAGGAGCAACUAGACAGCUGCAUGAAUUCUAAAAAAGUUCAGCAGUCCAACUUGGCAUCACCGUUCAUUUCAAGGUCACCCUCUGCUUGGCUGUAGCUGUUAAUGAGGGUUUGCCGUGAUGCCUAGCAAAUGAACAUAUACUUAUUGUUAGCCUAGCAUGCUGCAGUGUUAUCUAAUACUGUCCAUUUUCUUUAUUCAUGCUUUAUUCUUUAUUUAGAAAGUGCAAUCCUGGCAUUUUGUAUGAGGCAGUAAAAAGAAAAAUAAUCCUUCAUAAUAAUAAAAUAUUUAGCAUUUAUUCACCUGAGCAUUGUACAGGUUUUGAGUGACAAUCAGAAGUACACUACAGUAGAGAAACUGAGGACAUAAACGUACAAAACUUAAUGGAUGCUGCUCAGAAGGGCCUUUUUGCUCUUUGUUUACGAUCCAUGUGUAGGUUGAAUGCUAACGGCAAAUCUCUUUAUGUGGGCUUCUUCCGGCUGUGCUUCAGAUUUAGCAAUGUGGUGUGUGUUAUCCUGCCUCUACAUGUGUAAACAUCCAGCCACAUCAAGGCAAACGACAGACACACUAUAGAUGAGAUUCUUCUGCAGCAAAACAGCGUAUUUUUAGCAUGGCGGGGUGUCUGACUUGCUGCUCAGUGCAGCACCCUGCACCUGCAGCAGCGUGGGUUUGAGGAACCUCCAUCCAUCCAUCCAUUUUCCAAACCGCUUAUCCUACUGGGUUGCGGGGGGUCCGGAGCCUAUCCCAGAAGCAAUGGGCACGAGGCAGGGAACAACCCAGGAUGGGGGGCCAGCCCAUCGCAGGGUUUGAGGAACCUGUCCAGGUCAAAGUGAAACCAAAAGUUAGCCAGGGUGUAUUGUACAGAUCUGAUUAGAUCAAUGAAGAUAAAAUAAUUCAGGGUUGACAAUCAGGGGCUGUGCACAUUUUUUUUUCCUGAUUUUGGUUGGUCAGCAUUAAUCACUUUUUUUUCUGUGACUCCCAAGAUGCACCUCUCUAAUGCAAUGAUAUCGGAAGUAGCUACAUGUAGUCUGGUUUAAGUUCCUUUUCUCGUCACAUAAACGUGUCUGUAAGGAAUUAAUAAUUAGGGACACAUUGCAGUCAGGAUUGGCCCAUUUCAGCCUCAUAGAAGGUGCAGCGGCAUAAAGGUCAAUCAGUCCAAACCGUCACUGAAGGGGAUUCAGCUGCUUACAGACUAUGAGGCUUCAUAUACGCUGAACAAGAAACAAUGUAUAUAUGUGGCUGAAAACUUUCUGCAACCUAUAGGAGUUCAAUAAAGAUUCUCAAACAUUGCUCUCUAAUUCUGAUGAAAUAUACAAACACUGUAGAUAUCUACACCAUAUAAUGGCCAUCCCUUCACUUUCGAGAGGGUUAGGGACAGAAUAUCCUUGCAAAUGUGAAGAUUUGCAAAUAAUACUUGGGUCCAUUAUUAAAAAUAAAUGGCAACUGAAAAGAUAACGAGAGAAAUGCGAGAUUCUACGGUCGCAAAGACAGCUAACACAUUAGUGAGGCUGGGUGCCGAAGAUGGUCCUAAGCCAAGAUGCGUAGGUUUUUUUUAAUAUCAAAAAUAACUUGAUUAUGAAGAUAUAGUAUGCACUUCGGCCUACAAUAACAAGUAUUGAAUAAGACUAAUAUCUAUAUGUUAUCUGAUUAUAUGUAAUAUCCAGAUCAUUUUCAGUGGGCCAGUUGUUUACAUAUUUUUGUCUUGCGCAUCAUCCAAAAAUAUCCUUAUUUAAUUUUUCACAACCAACUGAUGAAUAACUGAAAUCUAGAGGGGCAACUGUGUUAUUAAAUAUUCAUUUUAAUUAUUUCCUUAAUGCUCAAUAAAUGGCCUCCAUACUCUUAAAAAAUCUUUAUCUAUCGCAGGAAAUAAUGCGGCAAAAGGAUGUUUUUCCAGGCUUCUGUCUGAUGCGGGUUUCUACACUGCUAUAGACUCAGGGUUAGCAGUGUGACAUUGCUAUGAUUUAUGGCUAAAUGGCUUUAAGAAGUAUCGUUUUUUAUACAGAUGGUUUUUAUUUAUGAUGCAAUGCUGCGUUUGUUGCAGAAUUAUGGCAGAAGCUGUGUUCAUUUUCUUAAAUUAUUUAUAUAGUCUCUAUAUUUAAGCCGGCACAGUGGUGAAUUGGUGUUUCUAAAAUUACCCUUAGCAUAUUACCCGCAGUGGAAAUCUGUAGGUUGGCAUCCCGUGCAGUGUGUGACCUGCCCAGUGCCCUGUGCUUCCUGUGGUAAGCUCUCGGCUGGCUGCAAACAGACACUGCACUUGUUGUUAACAGUAAGUAUUGUCUGUAAUAGUAUUCAACUCAAUAGAUGCAUCUCCAAACAAAUUUGUCUUGUAUUGUCAUAGAAAAAAACCUUAAAACCACAGUUUUGUAUAAAAUAUGGGGAGUGUUGUGUCUUAGUGUGUUAGGAUACUGUACCCAUGAUUUGAGAGUCAUUGGUCAGUUAAAAUCCUGUGGUCGGCAGAGUGAUGUCACUGUCAGGCCCCUGAGCAAGGUGCUUAACCCCAGUUGCUCUAGCGAUUGUCUGCUUUCUCAACUGCACAUUUCAUUGGAAUAAAGAAUCUACCAAUUAAGUGUAAUAUAAAUACACUUUAAAGGGAAGCGUUAGACUACUGACAAAUUGUAGGUCAUCUGUUAUGGGAUAGAAGGCAGGAACAAAAAUACAAUUUUGGACCAUUUGUACUGAGGGAAAACGUGUGGAGCGAUUUUAUUACAUGCGGCCCGUUGCCCGUUACUUUGGCUGCCGUGGCCAGUGAUGCGCUUUUGCCUCAUUUCUGCCCUCUAGAGGACUGUAAGCUGUUCUUUGGACUUCUGCUGAACAGGUUUGUCAUUAAAGCAUCUGUGCCCUUUUUCAGGCUCAGACUUAUUUUUUAAAAUAUCCACUGUCUGUACUGAUAAUUAGUAAAAUGCCAUUUGCGCAAAGUCAAGGUACACUCUCUGACUUCUUCCUGCAAGAUUUUAUUACUUUCCUGUUUUUCGGAAAAUGAAUUACAAAAACAGACUCUCUCUAAAAAUAGUCCAAGUAAAAUAUGUCUGUACUCUAGAUUAUUAGUGGGUUUAUUUUUACCCCUCAGAUGACUUAUUUUCUGAUGUUUUCAUGUGUUGCCAUAGCAGCCAGCCAUUCAAUUUCUUUAAUCAAAUGUACAUGUGUUUCAGCUUUCAGCUUUAAAAGUAAGAACCCGAGACAUUUAGCUCUAAUGUGCAGAUAUGAUCGAUUGCUUUAACCUAAACCUCAAGCAAGGUGGGGGGGGGUGUUAGCACAUUGUUUGGGGUCCCCCACAUAUCCCCUACAUUGACCCACCAGGAAAAUGUCCAGUGUGCCGCACGGUCAACCUUAGCCCUGCAUGUACUUGCUAAAAAGUGGAUGGAUGGAUGGAUGGAUGGAUGGAUGGAGAUAGUAGAUUGUUUAAUACAACAUUGUUUUUUUUUUGUAUUCAUCAUGGGCUUCUUUUUUAAUUCAGCAUGUGCUCUAUGUGGCUGUAUAGAGUUUGGUCACUGAACCUGUGACAGGAAGGUCACCAGUUCAAAUCCCAUGGUCAGUAGAAUGGUUACAUCUCCACUGGGCCUUUUAACAAGACUCUUAACCCCGACAAACACUCCAGGGGUGCCAGAUAAAUGUUUGACCCUGCACUCUGACCCUAAACCUCUUUGUCACUGUCUCAAAGGAGAGCAUGAUGGGAUAUAUGAGAACUAAAGAAUUCUUAUGCAUCUGUAUCAUUUCAUUCAUUGAAAACUGUAACUAAAUCUCACCUCUUAUG